GUGUGUUUUCUACCUUAUCCUCCACUUCCUCUUGCUUCGUCUUUGUCCGUACUACAGGUCUGCCUUGGCAGCCGCCAUCUUGUCGUCGUCGUUGACCGGCCGGACCAUCGCCCUCCCUCCCGCACGCCCCAGAUCCUUCUCCGAGAGUGACUGCUCACGCUCAGAGACACACACCGCGUUCGAGCCUUACGCCAGCACAGCGCUCUACACUAGAGACGGAGAGCCAGAAUCUUUGGCCGGCCGGCCUCGCUUGCCCUCUCCUGGGCUCUCUGAAGACCAUGAUGAUGAUGAUGAUGAUGAAGAGGAGGAGGAGGACUUAGAGAGAUCGGUUCUGUCAGAUGAAGAUGGUCAUGUCUACCAGUCUCUGGAUCGCCGGGGGAGAAGUCCGACCAGAGACGGAUAUGACAUCUACGCCCGGCCUGUAAAACAGAGUGAUGUUCUGUCAGAGGGCAGAGAGGAGACUGAUGACUCUGCCUUCGACAUAGUGUCCCCUCUACCCCCAGAGGAAGCUGAGGUUCAUCAGAUGUUUCCAGUUCAGAAGGCCACACCGUCCAAACUGGAGCAGAGGCCUUCAUCUUGGUCUCGUAGAAGCAUGCCUUCCCCAGAUUUGACAGAAGAAAGCUUCCAGUGCAUCUAG